CGUCUUAAGACGUCGCCGUCGUGUGUCGCAAGACGUAAAGUGACCUCGAGUACGAGGUUGCAAUUCAUUAUAUAUAACUCUCCACCACAAAAUUGCCCCGCAUCUGUCUACAGCAGCGGUUCACCCACCUAGUGCACCCAUAGAAGUACCUUCUAACAUCAUGAGAUUCACAUUCAUAUUUGCCUUCGUGGCCUGUUUCCUUGCAAAUGUUGUUCGAGCACAGUUUGGAGUAGUCGACUUUAGUUCAUUUGGAGGUUUCGGAUUAGAUAGCGCACUAACCUCAGCGAGAGACCCUAGACAGAACCCUGGUCCCGUGGUGUUUCCACCGGCUCCUCCAGACAAUGGCGAAACUAGCGGUGUAGUUGUAGGUGCUUCUGGCUAUGGAUUCGUACCACCAAAUAGUCCACGAACUUCAGGUCCAAGGUCCAAGUUUCACUUCACAUUCUUCUAGCCAUCUCUACCAAACAUCAAUUUAAUUCAAGAAUCUCAUGAUUAGCUUCAUAGUAGCUGUUUGUAAAUAAUAUAUACAAGGUGUGCUAUAUGAUGCUGUGUAAAUAAGUAUUGCUAAUGUAAUAUGUGUGUCUUAGCGUCGUAGCCAUUAUUUGACUGUUGUUAAAUAUUGUUACAUCCAGUUUUAGCUUUCUAAUUUAAGUAUUUAAUUCAAACCUUAUUGUAUUAGUAGAAAUGUCAGCACAUAUUUAUUUAAAAUAAAGAUAUUUUGUUAGUAA